AUUUACUAACAGGACGACUUCCGUAGAGUGAGUACACGUCAUAAACUAUCUGUCCUUAUAUAGUUCAGCAACUAACAAGUCUGAAUAUUUAAGUACCGGUUAGCAAGUAUUUUUUUAUAAAGUGACAAAAAUCAUUAAAGCUUGUCCAGGUAGUUUUACACUGGAUGACACACCACACAUACGUGCCACAGCUCUAAAUCUUUGUGUGUUUGGGGAAGACUUUUCACUUUGUGGAUUAGUAUCCUAUUAACUGUUGAUAGAUACCAAAAACUACUGCUUGUACGUAUACACGGUUCCAGCCAACAUGCAAUGAAUGCAGUUUGCGUCAUUGAGCAUGUGUUUUAUCACGGGGAGGCCUCUUUUGAUGCGUGUGAACCUGACGUCAAGACACUACAGCUGAGUACUAUUGAGCCAGAAAUAGCUUCACUCCGCCAGAGCCAUGCUGGACUGCUAUACUUAGAUGAAGGAGUGGGAUUGCUUGUAAUCAAUUUAUGUAAAAACGGAGGAAUUUCUGAGCUCACACUGGCAAAGAAUGGAAUCGUAGCAUCAUAGCAUACGUAAAAAGGUUAAUAUUACUGGAGUAUAUGAUAGAUAAUGUGGACAGAUGCUAUGGAUAUUCUGACUUUCUAGUGGCUAGCUAGCAGGACUUGGCUGUUUGAUAACUUCUGGAUUGCUGACUCAACAUCUUGACAAAGAAUUUUGGAAAAAGCACUGACUGCAAUUCAAACGACUCCAAACAAAUCUGACUUUUGUUUUUGGAGUUUUAAUUAAACACAUAACAACCAUAUAAAGCCAUCAAGAUGGAUGUGGAAUCGAAUGUAAAGUGUGAGCCUGGGAGCCCUCUUGGCCUGAGUAGGUGCACACAGCCCUCCCUGGAUGAGAGUUUUGGUAGAGAUGUAUUUGCAGACUACAACGUAGAUGAUUAUGGAUCUGAUGGAAAUAGUGGGGAUAACAGUGGAGACAUAUCCCCUUGCAGUAUAGACAAUGGAAAAAUGGAUUUUAUAUCCAGUUCUUUCUCUUCAGACCCUGAAAGUAUGGAUGGACCUAAACGUAUAUGUUUAGUAUGUGGAGAUAUAGCUUCAGGAUAUCAUUACGGCGUUUCUUCUUGUGAGGCAUGCAAAGCUUUUUUCAAACGAACAAUUCAAGGUAACAUAGAAUAUUCUUGCCCAGCAAAUGGAGACUGUGAGAUUACAAAGAGAAGAAGGAAGGCAUGUCAAGCGUGUCGUUUCCAGAAAUGUUUACGUGUUGGCAUGCUAAGAGAAGGUGUACGUCUUGACCGAGUAAGAGGUGGGAGGCAGAAGUACAAGAGAAGCUUGGACAGUCUCAGUCAGCCACUCAUACAGCCUAUACUGCCCAUGGUGAAAAAGGCAUGCUUUGAAUUCCAACAUGAAAACAAGAUUUUGACCCAGUUGCUGAACAUUGAAUCACAGUUAGACAAACUAUAUGCCAACCCAGAGCCAGAGCUUGUUAAUGAUGAGAUGCGUUUUAUAGCAGCCUUUUCUGACCUAGCUGACAGAGAAUUGGUCAUUACUAUAAGCUGGGCCAAACAGGUGCCAGGCUUCUGCAAUUUGUCGCUGAGUGAUCAGAUGAACCUGCUACAGCACUCCUGGCUGGAGAUACUCUGUCUGAAUCUCGUGUUUCGAUCCUGCCCCUACAUUGGCUACAUUCGCUUUGCCGAAGAUUUACAAAUGACAGUGGAUGAGUGUAAAAAAUGCCAAUGCAGUCCAGAACUUGAUAACCUCACCCGCAAACUCGCCAAAAAAUUCACAAAUAUGGGAGUAACCAAGGAGGAAUACCUUCUACUAAAAGCCAUGACACUGUGUAACAUAGAUGUCGUGAUCGAGAACAGUGAAGCUGUACGCAACCUUCAGGACAAACUCCAAGACGCCCUUAUCGACUACGUGAAGUCUCGGUAUGCUGGGAAUCUGCGCCGCCUCGGCCAUCUUUACCUUCUCCUGCCCCCACUUACACACAUCAAGCUGCUCGCCAAACAGUACUGGUUUGAUGUGAAAAAGGAUGGACGUGUCAUGAUGCACAAGCUUUUCUUAGAAAUGUUGGAGGCAGAUUCUUGAUAAAUCACCAUGAAAUUAGGAAGAAAGAUUUUUGUCUGCGUGUGAUAUUUUUAUUAUGUGCUUGUGUGGACCUAGAUCAGCACAAACUGCGGGAGCUGCCCGCGGCAGAACGGGUCACCAGCCCAAACGUCCGCGGCUGACUUACCACAGUUUCUCGUGUCUUAGGAAGGUAGACUUUUAAGUGUUAGAGAUGUAGAUAUGUUUAUGCAAAAUUAAGAUCCACAGUUUUUGCAAAUGAUGUUGAUGGUUAGAAAAAGUAUGUCUGCAUUUGAAUUGUCAUACUUGAUCGCAAACUUUCACAGAAAAUAUUGUAACAAUAUAAUUUUUGUUGGGAGAACUGUGUGUGGUCAUACCAAAAAACAAGUUGGUGAUGGAAAGCAGGAAAGGAACAUUGAAUCUAGUUUGAAUAUAUGCAGCCACAUUUUUUUUAGUCGUCUCAUUUGCGAAGAUGUUGACGACCAUUGCAGACAUGAGGUUGCCAGGUCAACAUGUUCACAGUGUACUUCGUGGACUUAGAAAAAUAGUAUAUGUGUGACUUGUAUGUGUGAAUACAAAUAUAUAUUAUAUAUAUAUAUAUAUAGAAAAAGAUAUAUAUAAUGGAAAAAAUGUUACAACUAGAAAUUACUCAACCGAUAAUACCAGUUUAUUAUACACAGGAGGCAGAUCCUGGAUACCUAGUAGGUAUGUGGAAGUCCUAACUACUAUAGGACUUUAUUCCUAUGGAGACUGCACGCUCUGCUACCACCUUGCAGGCUCACUCGGUAGAUCACCAACACUGUGAGCUGAUUGGUGGAUGCUAACGUCCACUCUCAGCGCUAGUACAACGGACCAAUCAAACACUGCAUUGUAUCAGGAUUGCUAACGUCCCCUCACAGCGCUAGUACAAUGGACCAAUCAGGUACUGCAUUGUAUCAUAAGAACGUCUUCCAUCUUAACUUAUUUACAAGCAAUUUGAUUGGUAACGCUACAUUUGCAUUUAUAUGAUGUAUUGUGACAGAACAAUAUAUUCACCGUCUUAAGAUGCAAAUACACUGUAUGUAUUUUAACGUCUUCAUAUAAGGAUCAAAGAUACAGAUACAUUGUCCACAUCAUUUCAAAACUUUGUAAAUAUACGCUCAUUAAGUACAUCUUCGUUACCCUUUGUAUAAUUAUCAUGUGUGAUUCAAGAUUUUAUUGAUUACUUUCUGUGUGUGUCAAAAUACCAUAUGAUUCUAGGAUUCUGAAAUCUGAGGUCUGAGUUUUAAAAAAUAAAUGUAGCAUUACUUGUAUAUGUUACUCCAAGUAAUGUACUAGUAAAUAUGAUUGAAUUUCAUUAAAGAUAGUAUGAUUCAGGAAAUGUAUCUGUAAAAACAUGUAAAAGCUAAUUAUUCAAAGGUGAAAAAAACAACAAAAGAUAUUUAAUUUCUGUAAUGAAAAUCUAAUGCAAAGAUAGCUGUUACACGAGUUGAUUGUGGUGAAUGAGAUUUAUAGGGUAGAUUUAGAAGACAUAUCAGAUUGUGAUGCCGGCAAUAGACCGCUAGCUAACCGUAUCAUCGUCGUAGCCACUAUAGGGCAUCGUGAUAGUAGAAGCUGUGUUAAAAUAACACUGUGAUAAUGUAGUAGCUAGCCAAUUAUAUGUCUGUUUAAAAGUCGUACUCUAUAUUUCAGAUUUGUUUUUAUUUACACAGUCAGGUCAUUUAGAAAAUACACAUAUAUUAUAUAUUAUCUAUAUUACCCAGGAAAAACAGAUAGUUGGCCGUUAUAUCAGUGGUGUGGUACAUUAAGCACCAUCUUAUACUGUACUCCUCAUAUCCUUGUUGUCUGUAUUGUGUACUCAGAUCUCAUUGGUUAACAUGUUUUGAAUGGCAGCAUCAGAAGAGGUGGGCGGAGCCUAGAGUAUGCGAGUGAACCAAUAUGAAUGUCAUUCCAUUUGAUUAAUUCAUCAUGUCUGUAAGAUGCAUUUCCAUGAUCAAGAAUUUAGCCUUCAUAGUAACACCCAGGAGUAAGAGGAUGAAAUGAAAAACUAAUCUAUAAAAUAAUUAUGAAAAAAAAAAUAAUGAAAAACAAAAAUGAGGGAAUUAAAAAAAAAAAUAAAAAAAAAGGAAAAAAUAAAAAAAGGAAAAAAAUAAUGAGAGAGAGAAAAAAGGAAAAACAAAAGAAUGUCAGAAAAUGUUUAAAUUAUUAAUAUUUACAAUUUGAAACAUGUCCUGCAAGAUAUUUUGAGAAUAAAUGGUAUGAAUCUGUGUGAUUUGGUCAAUGACCUAUAGUUAAAUGUGUGUAGAAAGUAGAUACAAGUUACUUUGCUCAAAUUUCUGUUUAAUGCCAAAUAUACACAAAUAUGCAUAUAUUUAUCAUACAUAUAUGUAUAAACAUCUAAUGCCUGUUUUCAAGUAGUUUGUAGAAAACUGCAUGUUCUUGCUACUUAAUUUGAUACACUUACGAUGCCGUCCGAGCUUUAACACAUGAAUUUAUUCACCUACUUUGUUUUUACAUGUAAAGUUCAGACUACAUUAAAAAUGAAGUCAUUGGUAAAAAAUAUUUUCUUCUCUUCUAGUCAAUGUAUGGAUGGAAAUUGUUAGCUUCUGAAAAUGUGAUACCCCCAAUGUACACGACCACAAGUUCCCUGUAUUUCACCUCUGAUGUGUAGCUACAGUAUCUUAAAUGUCUGUCAGCCCCAAUUCUCCAAAGUCAUUUGUGACAUCUGUUAAUGAAGAUCUCUUUAAAUUUUGGAUAAUAGACUACCAAUGCCCUUCGUCACAUUUCUAAAAUAUCUUAAAUUUCCAGCAGGCCAGAUUCCUAGCAUCCUUUGUGACAUCAGUUUAUUAUUUAAGAUAUAUGUUAAAUAUUUGACAGCAGAAAUUUGUCAUAUCUAUAAAAAUAUUCUAAAUGUUUUAGAUUUCAAAUUACUGGACAGUGGUCUCCAGUGUCCUUUGUCACUGCAGUGUAAAACCUACCAAAUCCUAGAAACAUAUCUUCAUAAGUUAUCGGAUAAGUAAAAUGAUCCUGUAUAUAUAUAUAUACCAGUAGAAUUAGAUUUACAGUAUCACAGAGAAUCUAUAAUUAGGUCAAUUUAACUACAAGAAUGAUAAUAUUUCGAUGAAGACUAAUCGUGUAUGAGAGUGUUGAGACAUUGUGUAAGGUAAAAGUGACGUUGAGUGAAUGUCGCCCCUCUUCCUCAACAUAUGCAGUCCUGUACAUAAUGUGCUCCGCCCACCUUUGCAUGUCCAUUGCUCAUCCAGACCCUGUACGUAUUCCUCCCCGUCUGUGAGAUGACCGUUAUCAUUCCUUGUGUAGCAUGUACAUAUUGGUCGACCCGUGUGUGGGUAGGUAUGGCCUCAUUAUUAUUGACGAUGAUGAGUUAGUCAGGUAUUGUAGUUGUCUUUCACCAUUUACAGGUAUCAAACUCAUUCAUCAUUUGUUUUGUGUGCAACUAUUUUCUGAACAGAUUCUGCACAGCUUACAUCAUAGUACGAUAUUACCAUGUCUUGUUACACUAGUCAAAACUGCAUUUAAAUCUCGGUCCAUUCUACAACUAUCUCGACACAGAAGACAACGGCGUCUUGCACAAAGAUGGACUAGAUAUUCUGUCUGCCCCCAUCAUACGGUCUGUAGGAUAGAUAAUUGUUUUCAUGAUUCCAUCGAAUAUGGUCAGUACUAUCAGUUAUAAUUGAGAUUAUUUAUUUAUAGUGUGCUUGUAAUUCAUUUUCAAAAAAUGGCUAAAAGUCAUAGAAAUAAGAGAUGUCCAUCUUACUUUAAAAAAAAAAAAUCUGAUAGAUACAAUUUGUAUCCCAUGCAUUUUUAGUUACGUUAUUCCAGUACAUUAUGUUGUGAUAUUGAAACAAAUUCAGUUUAAACCUAGGUACACAAUCUGAUUUGAGAUAUAUCAGAAAAAAAUGAUUUUUGCAGUUACAAACGUGUGCAAAUCUGUUCAAAAACCUUUGUACAUUAUUUUUUACUUGUUAACUAUGUUGAAGUGUGUUAUUUUUAGACAGAAAAACAAAAAAGUUAUAAAAAAAAAAUAUUAGAAAAAAAAAAGAUUGUUAUUGAAUAUUUGUUAUGAAAUUGAUGUGAAUGUAAUCACAUUUAGGUACAAAUUUGUAUAUAGAGUUUGUGGUAUAUAUCUAUACAAUUGUAUGUUCUGUAACCUAGAAGUAUGUGACAAAUCACAUUUUCUCGCUUUCAAACGAAGAGUUCCCCGUAGUGUGAUUAAAUCGAGAAACUGUUACUAAAUCCUUCACUCCUAAUUUGGGCAAGAAGGUUUGGAAUUGUUCUGUUUGAUCGCUGAGAAGAGUGAUUCAACUUAUAAACCCACACAAAGAGUGCUAAACUAAAUAUUGUAGAAGUCUAGUUUUUGUUUUCCUAUUUCCUCAGUGUGUGUUGAUUUUUUUUCCCUCUUAAAUCUUCUUUCCUAACUUAUUAAGUUUGUGAACAACUUGUUUUAACAAAGUUUUUAAAAUGUAUGAGAUUGUUCUGUCAUAUUUGCCAACAAAAUAAAAUUUAACCAUUUACAAUUGAUUUCAAGAUAAUAUGGCUAUAUCGUAAGUGUAUAUAUAUGAAUCGGAUCAUGUAUUGCUCCAAGAUUUGUUAAAGAGCUGGAAAUUAGCUUUUCGUUGAGAAGAAAAUAAUUUCAAUUAGUAAAAAAUUAAUAUGCAAGGAUGAUUGUGGUGAAAUGAUGCUAUGUGUCAGAAUUGUGUUUGACACAGAAAGGAACCCAGGGCAUUGUUGCGCAACUUAUUUCUGUGCUGUUGAACAUGAAUUGAAUUAACACUGAAGCAGAUUUGUUAAGUUUGUUAGUGUGCGGUCAUACUUGACUGUACAACAUCCGAAAUAGAAUUUAUCUGUAUGCAAUAUUUUUUUAAGGAAUUUCUUUAUUUCAUUGAACAUUGUUGUUGAAUUUAUUUUUGUCUAAUUUAAAUCACGAGAACAUUUGAGAAUACAGAAAAGGUAAUUUCAUUUGUGAUUAACAGGUUUUUUUCCCCCUCUGUCUAAAAACAAUCAUUACAAUACAAAUAAUAUUUAUCAUAGAGAAAUGAGUUAUACGGUGAUGUGUCAUAUAAUUACCGGGUUGAUAAUGAAUUGAUCAUUUCUACCCUGGCUAGUUGCAGUGCUAUAGUAAUUGUCUCUGUUAAUUUAUUGUGAGUUGUAAUAUUUUACCAAAUUGAUUUUUAUUCACAGAAUGAUAAUUUAUACACUAGUAAUUUUUAGCUCAAUAUUGUUUCCAUGCAGCCUCCUUGUGGAUUACCAAUUGUACUGGUAUAUGCCACAAGUCAUAGAUUUAGUCCAUCCUGCUUAUCAUGGGUUUUUUAUAAAUAUAUUUUGAGUACAAUAUUUUGUUCUAUGAUAGUUUAAGUUCCUUUUUGACAACAAGUUCCUUUGGUGAAGCAUUUAGUGUACAGACUAUGUGUCGACUACAUUCCUAAUAGAUUACUGUUACCUAGAGUAUGUGUUAUUCCUAUGGAGUCUUAAUGUCUUGCCAAGCCAUCAACAAUUGUAUAAGCUCUGUCGUACUGCCAAAUUAAGUCACAUCAUACUUAUUAAGAAUUUUGCAUAUCUCUUGGUUAUCUCCCUUAGACAGUCCAAGGCUGUUAAAGAUCCGAACUGACCAAAAAGUAUUAAGAUGUUAGUGUAGAGUACUAACCAUCAGCUGUAACACCAGACAUAUACGCCACUUGUAUGGUUUCACCAAUAUACUAAAUUCAAAAACAAAAACAAAAUCUCAAUUUAUGCAAAUUACAAAAGUUUGUAGAAUGAAACCAUGCUUCUGUCACUAAACAAAAAAGACAGAAAAGUGAACUUUAAAACUUCUUACAUAGUCGCCAGUUAAUUUUAGGUCUACUGAGUUAGUUCAUUGGUAUCUACAGUGAUUUAUGUAAUGAAUCUAAUGCUAAAAGAAUCUCUUACUUAUUGAAAAUAAUAUUUGUAACUAAACCUUUGGACUUUUUUAAUCAUAAUUUAUCAAUGUAUGAAGUGAAGGGAUAUCAAUAGUUCUAAGCUAAACCAUGGAUUUAGGGGUCGUGUUUGAUUGAGAGUGGUUUUAAUUGUCUUUUUUCUGUAGUGUAAAUGUCAGCUCACUUCGUGCGAUAUAGGACUAUCAGUAUUAUUAUGUUUGGGAGAAGUCAUCGGUGUUACACAUAAUGGGGUUUCAUUUUACCAGUCUUUAUCGUUCAAACUGGCAUUUAACCAUGCCAUAGUGAUGGUCAGUGUUUCUCUACAACUGUAAUCAUGACACACAAUUCUGUUUGUAUUUUGACAGUGAAGUUGUAGUUCAUACAUCAGUAAGCAACUUGUAGCAUAAUGAUUAUCUGUACAUCUUGGGUACCAAAGCUUUACGGGCAGAAAUCCAUUUAGUAUUAUCCACCUUUGCCAGGGUACCACACAUCAAGCGGAUGCCAUCUUGAAUCAUGAAGAACAAAAUAACAUUGUGUCAUGUUUACAUCUGACCAUUAUUCUACUGUACGAAACACAUUCACUCCAUCAAAUGUAAGAAUUGGGAGAUCAGUGCAUAGUUUGAACUUUAUGCAAAUGAACUUGGCAGGACUUCUUAAAAAUCUUUUAAUAAAUAUAGUUUUGAUUGAUAUACGUUAAGUUAGUGACCUGUUCCCAGUUAUUGCUUCGAUAUCUUACUAUUCAGUUAAUACAAAUACUGAAAAUGGAAUUUUUGAGAUUUGUUUAAUUGAUAUCUUUUUUAGGUCUUUGAUAUUUAUGAAAAUUUAGUUAUGAAUUUCAAUAUUCUUCAACAUAUUCCAGAAGAAAGAUAAACAUUCAGUCAUUGACUUUUUAUUAGGGUAGCCAAGCUUUAAACUGGGGCCCUUAUUUAGGUUUCUGUAACAAAUAUCUAUAUAACUCCUAUAGCAUUGAGAAAUCAAUACUAGAGAUCUCCAAGAGGUCUUUGAUUCCUGGACGAGUUGUCUGGCUUCCUCGUCGUGUUUGUAACCCUACUUCCAGUAGACAACCACCCCAUCACCUUUUUCAUGAAAAAUGUAUAAAACACAUCCAAAGGUUAAAAACUGUUUGGUUUUCUAUUUAACUUCAUAUCAAUAAGCAGUUAUGUUUUAUACUUUGAAAAAAUCAAGAAAAGUAAUGCAUGCUCAUGAAAAAUUUUAAAUCUUCCAAAACUUGUUUUAUUUUUUUGUAAAUUAUUAUUUUCUAUUGUUUGAAUAUUCAUUUACUAUAUGUGAAAGUGAUUGUGAUAAAUCAUUUUGACACCAAAAAUUUAUUUAUGGUUCAACACUUUCCCCACAAUGUGCUACGAGCAUCAUUGAGAAAUGAGAGAAUUUGCCGCAUACAAAAUUCAAAUGCUACAUAUUUAUUUGUCAGUAUAAUAAUUUUACACCAGAGUCAUUAUUUUUAGUAAAUCAUUUUUACACCGAAAUCACUAUUUAUUUGCAUUUUGCUGUAGAUUCUAUGUUGACAUGCCAAUACCACCACUACCACCACCACCAUCAUCAACAUCAUCCUUAGUGGUGGGGGCCGCUGGGACAAGCCAGCACCCCUUACCCCUUCACUCGACCCCGUUAUUUCUUUCCAAUCUAGCAUAUCCACCGUAUGGUUAACGAAGGCAGCAUUACAGUGUGUUCUGUUUGAAUGUAGAGAUGCUUCCUGGCAGUCUAGGGGUCCCCACCACUUGUCAGCCCUGUAGUGAUGGAUGAUAUGGUGACACUAGAUUACCUAUCUAGAGUUUCUGCAGUAACAUUGCAUGAGUUUGGAAUCAGAUUGUUACAUUAUCAAUAUUGUGUGCAUUUCUUUAUCAUUAAUUUCCUCAGAAGAAGAAAAUUAUUUAUCUAGUUUACUACAUAUAUAUUAUGUCGAAAAUUUUACUUUUCCUGGAUUUUGUUUGGUUUCACAUGCAUUUCAUGUGAAUCGUUCUGAAAUAAAACAGCUUUCAAGUUUA